AUGACUUCUUCUCUUGAGCAACUGAAGGCCACUGGCACCGUCGUGGUCUGCGACUCUGGUGACUUUGCUACCAUCGGCAAGUACAAGCCGCAGGAUGCUACCACCAACCCCUCCCUGAUCUUGGCUGCUUCCAAGAAGCCCGAAUAUGCGGCGCUGAUCGACGCCGCUGUCGCCUACGGCAAGAAGAGCGGCGGCUCCAUCGAUGAGCAGGUUGAGGCUACCCUUGACCGUCUCCUUGUUGAGUUUGGCCGCAAGAUUCUUGAGAUCAUCCCCGGCAAGGUCUCCACCGAGGUCGACGCCAAGCUGUCUUUCAACACCCAGGCCUCCGUCGACAAGGCUCUCAAGAUCAUCAAGCUGUACGAAGAGAACGGUGUCUCCAAGGACCGUGUCCUUAUCAAGAUCGCCUCCACCUACGAGGGUAUCAAGGCCGCCCACAUUCUGCAGACCAAGCACGGCAUCAACUGCAACCUGACCCUGCUCUUCUCCCCCGUCCAGGCCAUCGCCGCCGCCGAGGCCGGUGCCUUCCUGAUUUCCCCCUUCGUCGGUCGUAUCCUCGACUGGUACAAGGCCGCCCACAAGCGCGACUACGCCGCCACCGAGGACCCUGGCGUCAAGUCGGUGCAGACCAUCUACAACUACUACAAGAAGCAUGGCUACAAGACCAUUGUCAUGGGUGCCUCCUUCCGUAACACCGGCGAGAUCACCGAGCUUGCUGGCUGUGACUACCUGACCAUCUCUCCCAACCUUCUGGAGGAACUGUACAACUCCACCACCCCCGUCCCCAAGAAGCUGGAUGCUGCGUCCGCCGCCAAUCUGGAUAUUCCCAAGAAGGAGUACCUCCACAACGAGGCUGACUUCCGCUUCGACUUCAACGAGGAGGCCAUGGCUGUGGAGAAGCUGCGUGAGGGUAUCUCCAAGUUCGCCGCCGAUGCCAUCACCCUCAAGAACCUUCUCGCUGAGAAGGUUAAGGCUUAG